GGCGGAUGUUUACGUAACCGUACUGUUCUCACGUUGCCGGCCGGUUGAAAAUUGAACAACCAGUUAUAGCUAAAGUUGCCUUUAAGCGGCUCCGUGUAAAUAUAUAUAGUAACAUGGCUGCUUGUGCCUUCGCUUUAAAGCUGUUGCCGCUGGUGGGAGGAAGGUUUUGCUGCAGAGCGUCAUGUCCCGCACGCUCACCUGUGCGUGCGUUCUCGUGCGCCGCAGCUCGUUCUCAACUACAGAAAGUAACGGGGACCGGGGCUCUGACGGGCAAAGGGGACCGCUUUGGUGGAGUGACGGUGAACCUGGCUGACAUCGGGUUACCGGUGGACAUCAGCGAGAGCUCGUUCAGCGGAUUGCUGCAAGAGUCGCUGGCCCAGUGGAAAGCCGAGGGGAAAGUCGCAGUGUGGCUCCGGGUGCCCAUCUCUCUGAGCCGAUGUGCUGCCGCCGCCUCCACUCACGGCUUCGCCUUCCACCACGCCAAACACGACCACGCCGUGUUGGCCCUCUGGUUGGGAGACGGGGAGAGCCGGCUGCCGGGGUUUGCGACUCACCAGAUCGGAGUGGCAGGUACAGAUUUCUUAGCCUGAGGGGUCAUUCUUGCCUUAUAAUAUUAUUACCUAAAAAGGUCCACUAUCUAGCUUUUUACAGAGCUUUCAACUACAGCAGAUGGUGUUUGUCAUGGAUCUGAUGACGACCAUGAAAUGCAGCUGAACGCUCUGGAAAAGAGACAUGAAUUUAAGUUAAGAUCAUCAUUUAUUUACAGUACUUGUCAACAACCCUGUUGCCUUUUUGUUCCUUUGAGCACUCGUGCUAUAAAUACAUAUAAUCACAAUCUUUAGGUAAUUCUUUAUUGUCCAUAUCCUCCAGAGAUCUUCUUCAAGAUGACAGCAGGAGGUUCACUCGAUUAGCCUUAAUGCUGAACGCUUGUGUCAAUCAGUUGAACUUCUUCUGGCUGAACAUCAAGGGAAGUGUAGUCCUUGGUAUGAUGGACUACAAAUUAAUUAAAGACACAGCUUCUAUAGAGACGGGCGAGAAACACCAAACAGCACAUAUGAUAUAAAAUAUAUACAACAUGGAAUACGAAACAAUAGAUAAAGCGCGAUGUAAACAAUAGUCUUCAGCCAUCAUCAAACAGAGAGCACAUAGAAUCUUUUAUAGUUUUAUUUAUUGAAAAAAACCUCAAAAUCCUCUCGAAGAACCAGUGGUUGCAAAUGUUCCUCAGUUGGUCCAAAACAGCUCCAUGUGUCACAAUAUUCAGUCAACCAUCAAAGAACAAUAGAGCUGAAGCUUUAAGCAGAUUAAUCGGUUUCUUUAUUGACAUAAAAUGUAUCGCCAAUAAUGACAAUAACCGUAAAAAUCUCUCAAUUCACUGUUCACAAGAUAUGGAGGCGUGAUUUAAAAUGAUGAAUCCAGUCUUUUGCUACUUUAAAGUCAUUUAUAAGUAGCUGUGAUCAAAUAUAUUUAAGGCCGGGGGCCUGUUUGUCUAUUAUGCAUUUUUCAACUUUGGCCCAUUUCUGUUGUGUAAAUACAAAUUCACUCAUUGAGAUUUUGUGUGUGCUACGUUUCUGAUCGUCCAGCAGAGGGCAGAGUGUCGUCUUUUACCUUUUUAACAGUGGAUGAACAUGAAGCAUGUCAGAACAUGUCCAGAGCAUCCUUCAGUAUGGAAGGGGUCCAGUAAUUCCCCUUUUUUUGUUGCCAGAAUGCCCCGGUACAAACACUGAUGACACUGAGGUUAGGAAUCUGAAAUACAGAGCUGUUUACAUGAUCUGAUACUUGUUUGCUCGGGUGCACGCAGCUUUAUAUUACACAAGAGAAUAGCACGUAAUGUACAGUCAGUCAAUGAAAGAGAAGUUAUAUGUGCCCCAGCAGGCUUUCAAACUGUCCAACCGUAAACCCAAAAGUCAAACGUGGGUAUAGUGAGGUCAAAAUGACCAUUCUUCAUCCAGAGAACGUGGGCUCAACCCCCACACACACACACAGAUGUCAACAUCUGACCUGCUGAAAAAUGGAGCUGGAAUCCAACCAGCUGCACCUAACCUCUGACCUCUCAGGACAGGGUCAACAACUUAAAGUUCAAUGUAAUUCCAAGAGAUGACAGCCUACAUGUUCAUGAACGCUGUAAUUAGUUAUAUCGUGAUACUAUGGAUGGUAUUCUGAGAACAAGUCUGUUCUGCAGAUUAGUCCCAAACGGUCGAUCAAUGCUAACGCCAGCAGUGACGUGUUUCACCAUUUAGUCUGCAGCUCAACAGAACAUGUUGAAGUGAGCGGUACCUCUUUAAGGUCCCGCGUCAGCCCAACUGAAGGUUGAGUAAGCUGCCCUUUAACGAGAAAUAAAGGAAAUGCUUUUUGGCUCAUAUGUAAUGAAUUAGCAUCAUUAACGUGAAUCACGAGGAUCGUUUCAUCACCUGGUGAAACGAAACUGAAACGGUAAUAAUUGCAUUUUGGACAGUGUUCACUCUUUUCAAUGCCUUCAGCCCGUCUUACAGUACAGCAUGAGUAAAAACUCGUAGAACAAGACUGAAUCCUGAACAAAUACUACUGUUUUCAUGGAAACCUCAGCAACCAAAUCAAGAUCUUGGACAUAAAAAACUAGGAUAAUUAGUAUUCUGUAAUGAAAUCCAUCACAAGUGAUGUAGAGCAACUCUCAAUCAGCAUUGUGACCUCGUUGUGACCUCAUGGUGCUCUCCAGAUGUUGCUGUGAUCCUAUAAUUACUGCCUACAUGAAAUAUGGAUGAAGAGAAGACAUCAAACUUUGUUGUGGCUCAGAAACCAGCCGUGACCUCAAGCGAUUAACAGGGUUUUUGUUUUUUUUACUACAGAACCCACGUAUCCCCUGUGAUGAUUGCUUCUGGGCUUUUUGUCUCAUAAUUCAUAUUUCUCCUUGUGAGCAUUUGGUUUCCUCCACUGAAGGCUACAUAAUGAUAGCCUCCGUUAGCAGCAGCCAGACCUCCUCCCAUGCAGCGCCGUGGAUCGGUGGAUGACAUCAGUUUCCACUUGGAAGUCCAAGUCGGGCCUUUUAAGACGACCCAUCCCUCUUUUACACAUCUGUGACAUUCAUUUAAGGAGGCCCGUCCCGGGCGGGCAGACGGAGCAACCGGAAAAGAAAGUGGCUCGUUUUCCCUCCUCCUCCUCCUCUGGAGCUGUCAGCAGCACAUAGCUGCCUCUCUUAGUCACUACCUGCUGAAAAAAAUAUGUAAAUGGUGAAGUGGGAUUUGAAGCAUAUUAAGGCCGUAUAGUACUUAAAACUGUACAGCUCUUAGGCUGGCCCUUUUGUUUGGUUCUUCUUUGGUAUAGCAGUUUGAGAAGUGGAAUCAACUUGAAUCUUUUUAAAUGAAGAGCAACAAGCCCAUGUUAUUGUUAUUUAUUCCACUGUUUUGUCCGUGGACUUUAUUGAUCGUCUACAUCAGCAACGUGUUAAAAAAAUCUAAAAUGAACAAAGCAGCUCCCGCUGGCCGGACAGAGAUCCAGCUCCGGGCUUCUUCCUCCGCAUGGUGAAGGGUUAAUGUGUCCAACCUCAUAAUUAACUUUGAACUAGACUGCCAACAGGUGUUAUUACAGUAACUACUUCAGUGCACUGGGGACAUACGUGCUUGCAAAAUAUAUGAAAAAAAAAUGUCUGAUUUAUUGAUUUCUUUUGCAG